ACCCUCUUGCUGUGAGCCCUAGACGCUAUGCAAUUUUACUUUAAAAAGUUGUAAAAAAAGAGUGAAAAGUCACUUCCUACCUAAAUGUCAACAUGUCAGUCCGUCACAAUACGUUAGUACCAAAUAUUAGUGAGUCAAAUUUUGACUCUUGUCCUCUUAAGGUGUUCGUAAUUUGGCCAUUUAUUGUUGUUGUUUAUCUUUUUUGUGAUUAAUAUUAAAUGUUGAUUUAGUGCCUAAUAAAUUUCCACACUGUAGACACAUCUUAAAUGUCAUCAACAUCAAAGUGUUCAGUGUGGCACCAGGGUCAAAGGCAAAGACAUCGAGGAACAAUUACCCCUAGGAUCUCACCAAAAUACCCCCUAUGGUGCAGUUUCACUUUUUGAGCAGUGUCAUGCCAGAACCCCCAUCAAUGCUUGAUCAGAGCCACGGUGUGUAGCCCUGCCUGAAAAUACAGAUAGACACACUCUGGCAAUUAUAGUGAUAGGAUUUCAGCCGACUCUUAAGUAUGAUGAUCAUUGUUUUAAGCAUGACUGUAUAGCAAGUAUGAAGUGACUUAAGGGACACAUACAACCUAAGAUUAAUCCAGGACAGAUGAUCCAAAUGUAUUUUGUCCAAUUCUAGGCCUGGGCUUCAUUGUCUGUGAAACAGAUUUAAAGGGUUUGAAUAUGACUAACUAUGUUGUCUCUUUUUUAGGAUGCAUAUUACAAUACAAAGUGGGCAGUCGCUGCCAGACAUUGAAAGAUGCAGCACAUGCUGCAACAAUUAUCAUUGUCCAUUCUGCAGCUCAACAUUUUUUAGACCUACAAAGUUGAGCAAAGUACAGGUACAUCUGGACAGCCACUUCACUCGUGCAGUUGUUCAUGAAGGGUACACCAUCCACAGAUGUGGUUUAGGCUGUCGGCCCCAACUGCAUUAUCACUGCAUCAACUGCCAGUCAAUGCUGGUGAGAAAAGCAGACUUUGUUAAACACCUGGCAAUAUGCAGAAAGAGACAGUUGGCUGUUCGACUGCCUCCAUCACCCUCACCUCCCACCUCUGUGGCAGCUCCAUCACCCUGGCCUUCCAGUAGUCCUCACAGCAGGCCUAUCUCUCUGGCCCAGUUAAUGAUCAAAGACCUGCCGUUGGAGCCUCGCCUUCCUCUGUCAUCCCUGCACCUCCUGGUUCCUCCACUGAGGUUGAUGUCAGCCUGUAUGUGGCAGGUGGCCCAGGAGCGAAAUGUGGACCAGUAUGAUAAACUGGCCGAAUUCAUCACACUGGUGAUAGAGAUGGUCCCGGAGCUUCUGAACUACAAGCAGAAGGCUCAGCUAAUCCUGGGACUGAAAGCGCGGCUCAUCCUUGAGUUCAUAAAGAGGACAGAUGUUGACUGUAAAGCUAUCCAGGACCAUCUUCUUAGUUUCCAGCAGAGGAUGACAGAGGACCAAGAUGGAGAGGUGGAGAUGUCAAAGUCAGCUUUUGUGGAGCUGGUUCAGACACUGCUGGCAGACCAAUCUGAAAAAGAGAUUUUUUUCAAGGAGGUCUACUCUGUACAAUAUGGAGCUCGUUUUGAUACAGCGCUCCAGAUCCUGGUGUGGGAGUUCUUCUACCAACUGGAAGAGUUGCUCCCAGUACCAAGUUUUUCACAGGUAUUCUCCAUGUUUGACGUGUCUUCCCACAACUGUGAGUUUGAGCGGUUUGUCUCCGACCCUCAAGAUCUGAGGAGGAUUCUGCAGCGCCAACAGAAGCGACAAAAGUUGACCAAAAGCGAAUUCACCUUCAUGUCAGACACUAUCCUCUCCACGCUGGCAUCUAAACAGACUUCAGCGGCAUUUCAAGAUCAUGCUUAUCAAAAAAUUGAUGAUCGAGAUGGAGACGGGAAACCAGAAGGAAGAAAUCAAGAAAAGCCACAAAGUAAGGAUGAUGAAGAGACUGAUGACAGUUCCAUUGAAACUAACCCAGACACCCGGCUGCAAGAGCGCGGCCUGUCACCGCUUACGUCCUCUCCAUGUUCUGAAGAAGCUGGUGCGGCAGAUGACGGCGAAACAGCUGGUGAAGCCGCCGUCCAGCCACCCAGAUGCUCAGAAAGCUCAGUGGAAGGAGUGGAGGAACAUCUGGAUCUGAGGAUAAACAAGGAGCCGUCAGAAGAGAACACAAUCCAGUCCUCGGCAGGAGACAGAGCCGAUGUCUCUCUUCCAUUCAGUGAGGACUCCUUAAGCGCCAGUGAAAACACCUGCCUGGAGUGUGGCGAGACUUUUGCACGUCGUUCCUCUUUGAAAAAACAUUAUCUUGUUCACCCUUCGGCACGGCCGUUCAAGUGCACUCAGUGCGAUAAGGCCUAUAAAUACAACAAAGACCUGAAACAACAUUUGCGUAAUCACUUUAACCCUAAAAUCCUGGCCUUCGCUUGCAGCGUUUGUGGGAAGAGAUUUAAUUCUCAGGCUUUGCUCACAGUCCACAUGCGUCAUCACAGCGGAGAGAGGCCGUACGCCUGCUCGUACUGUGACAAGAGGUUCCUGACGAAGCCAGUCUUGACGACCCACGUGCGUCUUCACACCGGCGAGCGCCCGUAUGCCUGCAAGUUUUGCGACAAGACAUUCACACAGCUAUACCCGCGCACCGUGCACCAAAGGACACAUAACAAAGAGAAGCCGUACCUGUGCAGCACAUGUGGUAUGUCCUUUAGUGGCUCUGGGGCCUUGCUGGUGCAUACACGCACUCACACGGGGGAGCGGCCUCAUCGGUGCGACUUGUGCGGAAAACGUUUCGCCACAGCCAUUCAGUUGACGGUUCAUCGGAGAUUCCACACCGGGGAGAGGCCGUACCCUUGCUCACAUUGUGACAAGUCGUUCCACAGUAGUACAGGACUGAAGAAACACAUGAGGACACACACGGGAGAGAAACCUUACAAGUGUGUAACGUGUCACAAGACGUUUUCUCAAAGAUCCAACAUGAGGAUACACCUCAAAGUCCACAAGAACCUCUAGCAUACUGUUGUUGAUGCUCGUGGGUGUUCACGUUACUGUAUGAAAGGCUGGUUCAUUGCUAUGUCAAGACAGUCUGUUUUGGUGCAUCUCCAUGUCAAUAAAUCACCAACAUGUAUGUUUGCAUGUAAAUAUUGACUUAGGACACUCAGAUAGUACAGAUGUGGAUUAAUGUGUACAUAUAUGAACCUCACAUUUUAAGAGACCAUUGUUAAAGAGUAUAUGUUUAGGUUAGGUUUAUGUUAAAGACUUUUCAAUAAAAAUAAAUACCAAAAUUAA